GCACCGUGAGGGAUCGGCGGGAGUUGCUGUGGCCUCUCUUGUCCCUCCCCGCCCCUGUCGAAUCCCACAGCCCGCCGGUUAUCGCGACAGCCCUCCGCCGCAUCGCAAUUAACUCCGGCGGAAAAGCCCUGCUGUGCUUCCGGCACUGUUCGGGGCGUGUCUGGCCGCGGCGCCACCCGCGUUCUAUGGUCCGCGGCGCUCCCAGGGUCCCCCGCGCCGCGGCCGGUACCCGGGAGGAGAGCGGCGGCGGGCGCUGGCCUGUCCGGGGCCUGUCUUGCCCCGGGGCUGCGCCUGCCCGCGGCCGCCAUGGAGCUGGAGGUGCCUGAGGAGGCGGAGGGCUCGGCCGCGGCGAGUGCCGGUGCCAUCACUCCGGAGGCCGGCGUAGGGGGACCGGACGCGUCAGGAGGUCUGGGCCCAAAGAAGACAGCCAUCACUGAGGGCCCCUCACUGCCAGGACAGCCAGGCCAAGGAAAGAGGAUUGGUCAUCGAAGUGUGGAUGCUUCUGGGGAAACCACCUACAAAAAGACCACCUCAUCCACUCUGAAGGGGGCCAUCCAGCUGGGGAUUGGAUAUACUGUGGGAAAUCUGAGCUCCAAGCCAGAGAGAGAUGUCCUGAUGCAGGACUUCUACGUGGUGGAGAGCAUUUUUUUCCCAAGCGAGGGCAGUAACCUCACCCCAGCUCACCACUACGCUGACUUCAGGUUCAAGACCUACGCCCCAGUGGCUUUCCGCUACUUCCGAGAGCUCUUUGGGAUUCGUCCAGAUGAUUAUUUGUAUUCGUUAUGUAACGAGCCUCUGAUCGAGCUGUCCAACCCCGGCGCCAGCGGCUCCCUCUUCUAUGUCACCAGCGACGAUGAAUUCAUCAUCAAAACUGUGAUGCACAAGGAAGCUGAAUUCCUGCAGAAGCUCCUUCCUGGAUACUACAUGAAUCUGAACCAGAACCCCCGGACUCUGCUGCCCAAGUUUUAUGGACUGUACUGUGUGCAGUCUGGGGGCAAAAACAUCCGCGUGGUCGUGAUGAACAACAUCCUGCCUCGAGUGGUGAAAAUGCACCUGAAAUUCGACCUCAAGGGUUCAACCUACAAACGCCGGGCAUCCAAGAAGGAAAAAGAAAAGUCCAGCCCUACGUACAAGGAUCUGGACUUCAUCCAAGACAUGCCUGAAGGCCUGAUGCUGGAUGCAGACACCUUCAGUGCUUUGGUGAAGACGUUGCAGCGAGACUGUCUGGUAUUGGAAAGCUUUAAAAUCAUGGACUACAGCCUCCUGCUUGGGGUUCAUAACAUAGACCAGCACGAGCGGGAGCAGCUGUCGGAGGGAGCCCACAGCACGUCGGAUGAGAAGCGUCCCGUGGGGCAGAAGGCCCUGUACUCCACAGCCAUGGAGUCCAUCCAGGGAGGGGCUGCCCGCGGCGAGGCCAUAGACACCGACGACACGAUGGGAGGGAUCCCAGCAGUGAACGGCAAAGGAGAGCGUCUCCUGCUGCACGUGGGAAUCAUAGAUAUCCUGCAGUCAUACAGGUUCAUUAAGAAGUUAGAGCACACCUGGAAGGCCCUUGUCCAUGAUGGGGACACGGUGUCAGUACACAGACCCAGCUUUUAUGCAGAGAGAUUCUUCAAAUUCAUGACCAACACGGUGUUUCGAAAGAAUUCCUCUCUGAAGUCGUCCCCCUCCAAGAAAGGGCGCAGUGCCUUGCUGGCCGUGAAGACAGCGGGUCCCACGGCGGCGUUCUCUGCCAGCCAGCUGGCCUCCGACAAGGACGACACCCAGUACGACCUGCGGGCGGCCAGGAGCUACCCCACGCUGGAUGAUGAAGGUGCUAAACCUAACCAGGACAGGGAAGAAGCAGGCAGGCCAGACCUGCUCCCUUGCACUCCUCCUUCCUUUGAAGAAGCUACCACGGCCUCCAUAGCGACGACACUAUCGUCAACAUCUCUGUCUGUUCCUGAGCGAUCCCCCUCGGAGACCUCUGAGCAGCCCAGGUACAGGAGGCGCACACACUCCUCAGGGCAGGAUGGCAGGUCACACGAGGAGGUGCGGGUCCAGGAGGAGGUUCAGCAAAUCAGUGUCGAGCUGGAACCCAAGUGUGACGUUGAGAUUGUAGCUCCUGAAGAAGAAGUCAAAGAAGAGGCAGCUUCUUCAGCCUGUGCCAUUGUCACAUCCACAGCCACCGUAGAGGUGGAGACGGCCAGCCAGGCCUCGGAGCCAGCCAGCCAGGCCUCGGAUGAAGACGACGUGCCAGUCACAGACAUUUACUUUGCUGCAUUAGGUGAUGCAGUGGGAGUCUAGUGCUGAGCCAGGGAGUAAGUUGGUGGUUGGCAGCAGAGUGCCGUGGAGCCUGGCGCUGGUCCUCACUCAGCUCCCACAAUGGCUGAGCAACUCCUGCAGACCAGAGAAGAGGUUUUUUAGCAACAUGUACCUGUCCCAUGGAUCCCCAGAGCACAGCUGAGUGCCUGUCCCGUGAGAGCUGAGCUCUCUCUUGUGCCUGGGCACUGGAACCCUCAUUAAAAGAGGUGCCCGGCUCCUCCCUGCUCGGACUUGUUGCUGUUAGUUCUGUGGUGCUGGAGACAACCUGAGCCCAUGCAAUGGGCUCCUUCAGCUAAACUAAAAUGCAGCAUUGGCCUUCCCCUGGACUCUUGUGACUCUGCUGCAGAGCUGCUCACUCAUUGCCGAGUCGCUCUGAGGCUUGUGGGAGCUGUGGAAGGAAUCAGCCCUGUUUUACAGCUUGUUUGGGGUUGGAUGCAUGCUGUUCAAAAUGCAAACGGCUCCUCUUAACACUGCCCUCUCCUUGCCUGUGGAUGGCAGCUGUGUGCAGGCAGAUCCUGCCUGCUCCCCUGGCAAGUGUCUUCUGGUGGGUGAGGGUCAGCUGCUCUUCCUCCCUGUCCCUGGGCAUAUGGACUGCUCCCAGCUUGAGGGGCGCCUCUCUCCACGAGAAAAUUCUGCAGAGUGUGUUCACAGAGAGUGUGACUGCUCAUCAGCAUUUCAUACUUCAUCUGAGUCUGAGUUUUGCAUUAAAUGUGUGUUGUGUGCUGUGGAGUGUUUUUCACUGCUGGGAUGAAGGGAAAAGCUGAUU